UUGGACCCUGGGAGGACUUCGCUGCUGUGGAUGUUUGUUGUGGAGGACCAGGAUCGCGUGGAAACCACUUGUCGGGGUUUUCUCCAGGGUUUAGAGACCCACGGGCUGGUGGACAGUAAAGAUGAAGAAUCCUGUGUACUGGGCUGUGCUGGUCGGACUCGGCAUCCUGUUGAUGGAGCAAGGUUCGGUCCACAGCCAGCAGGGUUCUGACAGCAGAGUGAUGGACAACAUCACAGUCCGGCAGGGAGAGACGGUCCUCCUCAGGUGUGAACAGGGAGGUGCGAUGACACACACUGCAUGGCUAAACCGGUCAAGUAUACUGUAUGCUGGAAAUGACAAGUGGUCAGUUGAUCCCAGAGUAAGUCUGGUGGCCCUCAAUCAGAUGGAAUUCACAAUCAAGAUUGAAGAUGUGGACAUGAUGGAUGAAGGACAGUACAUAUGUGCAGUCCAAACAAGCAGUCAACCAAGAACUACCUCAGUUCACAUUCUAGUUCAAGUUCCACCUAAAAUCAUCAACCUUUCAAGAGAUAUUGUUGUGAACGAAGGAUCUAAUGUCACUUUGAGGUGUCAAGCCAGUGGAAAGCCAGAACCAUCCAUAAGCUGGAACUACAUUUCCAAUUCAGGAGGUCUGGCAUCAGAAGACGAGUAUCUGGAAAUCACUUCUAUUAGCAGACAGAGAGCAGGGACAUAUGAAUGCACAGCUGUCAAUGAUAUCGGCAAAGAUGUUCAGACUGUAGACAUCACUGUCAACUACGCUCCGGCUGUGGCAGAAGGCAGAGAUGUUGGGGUGACUCUGGGCCAGAGAGGAGUGCUGGAGUGUGAAGCUGAUGCCGUACCUGAGGCAGACUUUGAGUGGUACAAAGAUGACAGGAGGAUAUUUAAUGGUCUUGAUGGCAUGGAAAUAGUCAGCACUGGAUCCCAGUCAAAGCUGACCUUCUUUAAUGCAUCUGAGAGUGAUUUUGGAAACUACACUUGUGUUGCCAUCAACAAACUGGGGAACUCAAACACAAGUUUCCUCCUGUAUUUGGAAACUGCACCCACUAGCUCAACAUUAUUACAAGGACCAAGCGCAGUUCAGGACGGCAGUGGCAGUGCAAUGGCAGUUCAUGCUCACACCUGUCUCUUCUUGAUAGCGUUUGUGUCCUUCCUGCUCCACCUUUGAAGAGGACUGGAUUGAAAUUUGUUGAUUGGGUGCGGGUUUUUUUCUUCAACCAGGAACAUAAACAGAUGCACAAAGAGUGCAUAAAACAUCUUGCAAAUAUUGAUGUUGACCUACUAAAAUGUUUUGUUGUCCUUUCUUCUAGUUUUUAAGAAAAUAUUUCUUAUUUUACUUAAUUUUUAUUGAUAGUAUAUUUAGCAUAUUUAAUUGAAUUUGAUUUUUUUGACAUAAAAAGUGUUUUAUUAAUGUGAUAUAUUGUAUUAAGUUGUUCUACCUUUUAUUUUGAGUGCAAUGGUGAAUUGAUUUAAACUUAAAGGAUGGUUUGGAGUUCAGACUCAGAGGUUUAUGGUAAAAUACCUCAAAAAGUAACUGAAGUAUUGUGAAGCAGAAACAACAGGAAGCCCGGUGUUAUCCAACUGUAACAUAUACAUAUUCUGAUUUUUGAAUGAAAAUAUUUUUCUUGAGAACUUAAGUAAAAUAUUGAGAUGUUAAUUUAGAAUUUAUUUUUUAUAUUUAGUUUUGAAUAUGUUUCAGAAAAAUGUGAAGUUUUAUUUAUUUACAAAUAUAACCUAGUUUUCUGUUUGUGGCCUCUCCUGUUUURCUCCUUAGAGCCAUCUGUACACAAACUGUCAUGAAUAAUUGUUCAAGUCAAGCUUUGAGAAACAUGGCAAUUUAUGCAAACAUCUGACCUAAGGAAUGCAAAUUUAUGAAUGCUCUCCUACUUGUUUGUAGUGAUGGGAAAUUUGGUUCUUUUUACUGGUUUGAGUUUAAAUAAAUCACUCACCAAAAACA